ACAAGUCACUGUUCAGGGCAGCUUUGCCCGGGACCCUGCCUGUGAGUAUCAGAAACAUGGCGGAAAGCGAGUUGAACGUUGACAGCAUCAUCUCUCGGUUACUGGAAGUGCGAGGAUGUCGUCCGGGGAAGGUCGUACAGAUGACAGAGGCUGAGGUGCGGGGGCUCUGCAUCAAGUCCAGAGAGAUUUUCCUCAGUCAGCCGAUCCUGCUAGAACUGGAAGCUCCACUCAAAAUCUGUGGUGAUAUCCAUGGACAGUACACAGACUUACUGAGGCUAUUCGAGUAUGGAGGCUUCCCUCCAGAGGCCAACUAUCUGUUCCUGGGAGAUUACGUGGACAGAGGGAAGCAGUCGCUGGAGACAAUCUGCCUGCUGCUCGCCUACAAGAUCAAAUACCCGGAAAACUUCUUCUUGCUCAGGGGGAACCACGAGUGUGCCUCCAUCAAUCGCAUCUACGGCUUCUAUGACGAGUGCAAGCGCAGGUUCAACAUAAAGCUCUGGAAGACCUUCACUGACUGUUUCAAUUGUCUGCCCAUUGCUGCAAUUAUUGAUGAGAAGAUUUUCUGCUGCCAUGGAGGACUCUCACCUGAUCUGCAGUCCAUGGAACAAAUUCGCCGCAUUAUGAGACCCACUGAUGUCCCAGACACAGGCUUGCUGUGUGACCUGCUGUGGUCGGACCCAGACAAAGACGUCCAGGGCUGGGGGGAGAACGAUCGGGGAGUUUCCUUCACCUUCGGGGCUGAUGUGGUCAGCAAGUUUCUCAACCGUCACGACCUGGACCUCAUCUGCCGAGCGCAUCAGGUUGUUGAAGACGGCUAUGAGUUCUUUGCCAAACGGCAGCUGGUGACGCUGUUCUCUGCCCCAAACUACUGCGGCGAGUUUGACAACGCAGGCGGCAUGAUGAGUGUGGACGAGUCCCUAAUGUGCUCCUUUCAGAUCCUGAAGCCGUCAGAAAAAAAAGCAAAGUACCAGUAUGGAGGGGUGAAUUCAGGACGCCCUGUCACCCCGCCUCGCACCACUCAGGCACCAAAAAAGAGGUGAGCGGCUGGCCCUGACUCCUCUGCUCCUCCCCCGGCUGGUCUCUGGCCCACGUCCCCUGCAGGCUGCCUCAAACACUCCAGCCCUCUCUCAGUCAGCUUGUUCAUGUGUAAACAAAACUCCAGGAGUGUUUUUUGCUUGUUCUGUGGGUAUUUUUAUGAACAUGCGAGUGGUAUUUUUUUCCAUUUCUUUUGAUGCCAUGGUAUGUAUUAACUCAGCCCUCACUUCUACUACUCAGUCCAUUCAGCAAUAUUAAAACCAACCUUUUGUGGAAUGGGUAAGAUGUUUAGAAAAGAUGCUUCUCUGCCUUCAAAUUAACAAUUUCCAUAGUGAUUUUGUGAAUGCAUGCACGCUUUGUGAGAUUGAGAAGCCCCUACCAAUGUAAAAUACAUAAAUUCUCCCAGUCAAUUGAUCCUUCCUAAGUCCCGCCUCUUUUCCCUCUGUGCUCCAAUAACAGCUGAGCAAACCUCAACGUUGGUCAACUUUCUCCUUUCCUGUAACUAGAUAUGCUAUGUUCUAGGCUCGUCUAUAUAAAUAUAGUCGCAUAUUAAGAUAGAUUGCUAAUGUUAGCAAAACGCUAGCUAAUUUACACCAGUCGUUACGUCACGUUUUGCUAACAUUGGCUAACUUAAGGAGUGACUGUGUUGCUUUUACCUUUUAACCAUCUUCAAAAUGUGGCUGUUCAAAGACAAGCCUGGCACGUAGCAUAUCUAAAGGAGAAAGUUGUUAUUGGAGCACAGAGCAAAAAAGAGCGGGACUUAGGAAGGGUCAAUUGUUUCUGGUCUCACCUUGAUUUGUUCAUGUAAUUAACUAAUUACUGCCAUUGCCCCCUUUUAUAUUGGCUGAAGUAGGACACUGCUUAAAGGAAUAGUUUGACAUUUUAGGAAAUACGCUUAUUUGCUUUCUGAGUUUGAUGAGAAGAUUACAACCACUUUCAUGUCUGUCAAAUAUAAAACUACCACCAGCAGCCAGCUAACUUGGCUUAGCAAAAAGACUGUACGCAGGCGGAAACGGGUAACUUAGCUCUGUCCAACAGUAACAAAAUAUACCUAAGAUCUCUUUAAUCAACAUUUUAUAUCUUGUUUAUUCAAACUAAAAAAUCAAGUGUAAAAACAACAAGAUAUAACAUGUGAAUUAAGAAGCUUUAAAAGUUCUUGUAUGUGGAUUUUGUUACCUUUUAGACAGAACUGGGUUACCCGUAGCCGCCCAGACAUGAAGUAUCUGUCUUCUCGUCAAACUCUUUUUUUGGGAAAUACGCUUAGUCGCAUUCUUGCAAAAAUUUUCCUUUAAGAAGUUAGACAUUGCAAUGACCUUCCCUUUGACUCAAGAAUGUUUUUCUCCCCAUGGAGGGAUCAAUAAAAACCUGAGAUUUUGACGAUAUCAGUGCAAUAAAUAUUGCUAAAAAUCUUGCUAUAUGCAAGCAUAAACGUUUUAAAGGCCAUUAAAGCCUACUUCAAGAAAAGGACACAGCCAACCUGUGCUGUAUCUUUUUAUGAGAGCAUUCAUACACAGUAGAUGCUCUACAUUUAGUGUUUGCAGCUCUGAAACUUUUUUUUUAAUCCCUCAAAUUGCUGAAGGAGAGCUUUUGGUUGUUAAAGAGCAGAAUUUCUAUUAAGUAAUGCAAUAGCGUAAACGUUGCAUCUUCAGUUUUGAUGUAAAUUCAGUGUAUGUGGAAACUGUGGGAACCAAACAUCAGUGAGCAGUAUGAGUUUGUGUCCUUUAGUCUGGUAAGUACAGUAGGUGUGUAGAAAAGUAGAGAUGGAUAUGUUGGUGCAGGAGAAGAAGGUAUAUAAAAGAAAUGUAAAGAACGGCAGAAAAAGGAUUAGAAAGAAUAGUUAGCAGUAUAUUAUUUUUUUCAGUAGAUGUCAAGCUCUCACAUGCUGAACAUUGUUGCUCUUCCAGUCAUUGCAUGACAUUGUAAAGAGGUCCAAAUCAUCAAGUCAAGACGGUGGCAUUUUGUUUGUUGUUCCCACCUUGUGGUUAUCGGAUUGAAAAGUAAAUCAUUUCCAACUCACUAAAUGAGCAUUUAACCGAUGUAUUUUUAUUUAUUUAAAAUUUAAACCUUUUGCCUUGUAAGUCUAUUGGUCUUCAAGUUGGAAACAGUAUGUUAAGACGUUUUGAGAUUUGUACGAGUUUGUUUCAAAUGAGUGAAAUAAAUGGAAGUGCUGUUGAGCCUG